CCAAAGAUGGAGUACGUGGGCUUUGCCAGCAGAGCACUGCAAAGCCAGCCGCACAAGAAACAGAGGAGGAGCAACAGCAACAACUCCAGUUGCCAGUUUGCCACAAGAGCAGCGUCUUCCCGUCUCCGCCUCUCCUACUCUCCCGGAAUAUACUCCGUCCUGGCCAACCCAACCUCCCGCGCUCUCCCUUUGCCGCCGACCAUGGCGGCGGCGGCGGCGACAGAGGAGGGGCGGCCGGCGACCAAGUACGUGCUGAUUACCGGCGGGGUCGUCAGCGGCCUCGGCAAGGGCGUCACUGCCAGCAGCGUAGGCGUCGUCCUCAAGUCCUGCGGCCUCCGCGUCACCUGCAUCAAGAUCGAUCCGUACUUAAAUACAGAUGCUGGGACUAUGUCUCCCUUUGAGCACGGUGAAGUAUUUGUGCUUGACGAUGGUGGAGAGGUAGACUUGGAUUUAGGAAACUAUGAGCGUUUCUUGGAUGUCACUCUGACGAGGGAAAAUAACAUUACCACUGGAAAGAUUUAUCAGUCUGUCAUUGAGAAGGAGAGAAAGGGUGACUAUCUUGGAAAGACGGUCCAGGUUGUUCCUCAUGUAACUGAUGAAAUAAAAAACUGGAUACAAUCAGUGUCCUCUGUUCCUGUGGAUGGGCAGGCUCGUCCAGCUGAUGUUUGUGUCAUUGAAUUGGGAGGCACUGUAGGUGAUAUUGAAUCAAUGCCAUUUAUUGAAGCUCUACGCCAGUUGUCAUUUUCUCUUGGUAAGGACAAUUUCUGCCUCAUACAUGUGAGCCUUGUUCCAGUACUGGGUGUAGUUGGUGAGCAAAAAACUAAGCCAACACAGCACAGUGUACGGGAAUUAAGGGCCUUGGGUCUGACUCCUGAUCUUCUAGCAUGCCGAUCAGCACAGCCACUAAUAGGAUCCGUAAAGGAGAAGCUUUCACAAUUUUGUCAUGUACCGGUUGAGAAUAUACUUGACAUCCACGAUGUUCCAAAUAUAUGGCAUGUUCCCCUUAUUCUUAGAAACCAAAAGGCGCAUGAGGCUAUAAUCAAACAACUAAACCUUGCCAGGUCCGCUGGACCCCCUGAAUUAGGAGAUUGGACGCAGAUGGCCGAGUCAUAUGAUAACCUCAGCAACUCUGUAAGUAUUGUUAUACAGCUCUUGACUCUUUAUCAAUUUCCUGGCGCAGAUGUUUUUCUUUUGAUGAAUAUUGAUAUCAUGCAGGUUAAAAUUGCUUUGGUUGGGAAGUACAAUAAUCUGACAGAUUCUUACCUGUCAGUGGUGAAGGCUCUUCUACAUUCCAGUGUCGCAUGUUCACUGAAACCUUCUAUCCAGUGGGUUGCAGCUUCAGAUCUUGAAGAUGCAGCUGCAACAAAUGCACCAGAUGCCCAUGCUAAAGCUUGGGAAACUCUUAAGGGCUCCUCGUGCAUUUUGAUACCUGGAGGAUUUGGCGACCGUGGAAUAUCUGGGAUGAUAUUGGCUGCAAAAUAUGCUCGUGAGAACAAAGUUCCGUACCUUGGCAUAUGCUUGGGAAUGCAGAUAUCAGUGAUUGAGAUGUCUAGACAUGUUUUGGGCCUGGGAGAUGCAGACAGUGAAGAGUUCAACACAGACACACCAGAUCGUGUUGUUAUGUACAUGCCUGAGGUAUCAAAAACACACAUGGGAAACACGAUGAGGUUGGGCUGCCGGAGAACAUUCUUCCGCAAACCAGACUGUCUUACAUCAAAACUGUAUGGAAGUCCUCCACAUGUAGAUGAGCGCCAUCGUCACAGAUAUGAGGUCAAUCCUAGCUUUGUUCCUAUGCUUGAGAAGGCAGGCCUCCAGUUUGUUGGUUGCGAUGAAAGUGGAAACAGGAUGGAGAUUGUAGAGCUACAAGACCACCCAUUUUACAUAGGUGUUCAGUAUCAUCCAGAGUUCAAGUCAAGGCCUCGAAGACCGUCGCCUCCAUUUACAGGACUGAUAUUGGCAGCGACUGAACACGUAAGAACACUUGCAAAUAUCUCCAAUGGUGGUGCUGGAGCUUCUGAGUAGUGUCAUUUGCACACCACCAGAUGGAUAUCGCCCUGUACAUCUGCAGUUCAAGCAUCUGCUUAUCAAUGACGCAGUUUCCAUCAUACGGUCAUGUACCAGGAUUUACCUAAGCUGAGAUAUUAGCCUUUUCGUAGGAAGUAGCUAAGCUGAUCAUCAUCAUCAUACAAUGCUUGUUCUGAGAUUACGAUGCUGAACACUAGUCGAUUUCAUUGGAGGUAUAUCGUCUGUGUACAAGCAAAGUUUGACUUGGCCCAUUUUAUUAGCAUGAUAUGCUGGCAUGCGAAACUGUGGUGAAAUAGAUGAUAACUUGUUUCGAUAAUUUGUCAUUCAAAGUUUUUUCUUCUCCCA